UAGUUCUUUCUUGUAUAGAUGUUGGUAGCAAUGUUCCGGUUCCCUUCAUAAGUUUUACAAGUACGCCAUGAGCCAAAAUUUGUGAAAAGGGAGUGUAAUUUGUUUUGAGUUUUAUACAUUAAAAAGUCGAUUAAACGUUUUAAACAAUGUCAUCUGCUGGCUCCAGUGGAUCAGGCCGUGGAAGAGGAGGACAAGCUGCUGUAGGUGAGCAAAAGGAAAGUAAAGAAUCAAAACCUAAUCCGAAAAUGUCAAAAGCUCUUGGAACUUCCGCCAAGAGAAUUCAGAAAGAGUUAGCUGAAAUAACUCUAGAUCCUCCUCCAAAUUGCAGUGCUGGCCCAAAAGGUGAAAAUUUCUAUGAAUGGGUUUCAACUAUUCUUGGCCCUCCUGGAUCUGUUUAUGAAGGGGGUGUGUUCUUCCUGGAUAUACAUUUUUCACCAGAGUAUCCGUUUAAACCACCCAAGGUCACUUUCCGCACUAGGAUUUACCAUUGUAAUAUUAACAGCCAGGGGGUUAUUUGCUUAGACAUCUUGAAAGACAACUGGUCACCAGCUUUAACUAUUUCUAAAGUGUUACUCUCAAUUUGUUCCUUGCUUACUGACUGCAAUCCAGCUGAUCCACUAGUAGGCAGUAUAGCGACCCAAUACCUACAAAACCGAGAAGAGCACGAUCGCAUUGCGCGAUUGUGGACCAAGCGUUAUGCCACGUGAUUCUACUUCCCCCUAAGACAUAGCUUCACACUUCCAUCUUUCAAGAUCACUCCCUUUGCCAAACAGAAUGGCAAAAAAAUUCAUCUUUAUCAUUUUUCAUUUAGGUUAGGCUAUGUGUAGAAUUUUACGCUGAAACAUAUUAAAUCAAGAUAUUGUUUAAGUUCAUUAUACAAUAUGUUUAGUUUUCGAUUAGAUAUAGGGGACUGAAGGAAGCGAUAAAAUCGGAAACAUUGCUUAUACCACUAUCGUUGUUUACUCGCCGAAUGAUGGCGGAGGACGAAGCGACGGAGUUAAAAUCGGCGAGAAUCAGGUGCAUUAGCGUGGGAAGUGGGGACCGUCUAAUACGCGUGCAGUGUUGCCAUUUAUAGGUCGUAUAUCUAAUUUAAAACUAAACAUGCUGUAUAUGUAUAGAUCAAUUUGUUGUUAAGAAUUCAACAAAAUGCAAUAUUUAUCGAAGGGAGCAGCGAUUUUUUUAUAUUUGUAUCUUUGUUUUGUAACCUCUCUUUCAUUCAGGUAAGUCAUAUAAUAAGAAUUAAUUUAAAUUUCAAAAAUUGAAAGAUUGACAUUGUAUAGUUAUGUGUUGGUUGUGGGUUGUGGUUGUGGAGCAUUCACUUGAAAACCAACAAUAGUAGUACUUGUAGCAAUAAAAAUAAUAUGUGCUGACACUUAUGUUCCUUCUUAAUUUUAUUUUUUCUGUGCAAGUUCAAAUUCUCUAAUUUUAGCGUGAAAUGUAAAGAGAAAUGAGGAAAUUAAAAUUACACCAGCUUAUUUUUUAAUUAUGCAUACUAAAUUAAUUUAAACAAUAUCUUGAUAGGAUUUAUCAAUGUUUUCAGAAUUCUUACACGCUAACCUAAGAUUUUUGUCUGUCUUCAGUGUUUUGCAUACUUAUAACCAUUCAUUUUUGUUUAGUUUUUAACGGAAUAGGAUAAAAUAAAUUUUUGUGAAUAAAAUAUACUCUUUUUAAAGAGAAAAUUGUAUAAUAUAGUCUCGUCAUUUUUGUUUUUAAAACUAAGUGUCUGGAAAAAUGGAGAAAUAUGUAUGGACGAGAAACUUCGUUGUUUUGAUUAUUGCUUAGUUGUAAAAGAGGAUACAUAUUGUAACCAAAAAGUGUUGCUGAGAGUAUGAAUCCAAUUAUAACCUACUAUUGUUUUUCUGCCUGAAAUGUCUCACUGCAUUUAGUGAGAGUUUCGGCAUAAACGCAUUAGAGAGUCGUGGACGCGAUAAUCACGAACAAUACAGUAGAAGACUUGAGAUUCGCAUUAAAGAUUGAAUCAAGGCCUCGUCCCGUCCGCGACUUUCAAAUGCGUUCAUGAACAUUAAAAACAACGUAAAGAAUCUGAGCUAGACUAGCCCGCGACGAGUCGCGUCUGCGACUCUAAGAGUAAGAACAGAACAAGUGGGUCGCGGUGGAGGUCGCGGUCGCUGCCGAUAUCCAUGUAAAACAAACACAUUGUGGCAGAGAACAGAGCAGGUAAGUCGAGGUGGAGGUUUAGCGCGAUGCCAUCCAGGAGGUUUACAUCGAUGUCAUCCAGGAGGUUUACAUCGAUGCUUUUGAAAAUAAAAAGAGUUUGUUUUACAUGGAUGUCUACUGCGCGGCCUACAAGGAUGAUUCCGUGUGAUUGGUCCGUUCGAAGCCAAGUUGUCAUUACCUGCGCUAUCCGAGUUGAUACUUUUUAUAUAAUCUCUUUUUUGUACUCAGUUUAUUUUUGAAUUUCUAAAGUAAUUAAAUUCAGUAAAUUUUUGAAAUAUGAAGGAGGAUCUGAUUAUUUACAGCUGAAAUUUCAUCACUAUCAUCACUUGCCUGACACAACAUCGCAAAAGCACAGUUUUGUCAUUCAAAUUUCAUUAAACUACUUCACUUGAUAGUGAUUCUAGCUCGAAUGACAGCGCAGGUGACCUCCUUGCUAUGUGCUGUCGACAUCGACCGCGACUUAACUAGUAGCAUCCACCGCGACCUACACCUCCACCUCGACCCACUUGUUCUGUUCUUACCCUAAUAGCGAGACCCCAUUAGUGCGCUGCGUUGCGUUGCGACGUCGCAACGGAACAACGGAUCGGGACGAGGCCCCAUCAAUGCGUUGCUCUGAGUCGCGUUGAUCAGUUGCGAUGUCUCAACGGAUCGACGGACAAGGGUGUUCUGCGAUGUUCCGUUGCAACGUCGCAACGCAACGUGCUAAUGAGGCCUCGCAAUGUCACAACGCAACGUGCUAAUGAGGCCUCGCCCUAAUGCGUUUCUGCCUUUAGCAAACAUACACUAGCAGAAACACUUUGGCCUUGGUUAUUUGUGUGUAUUAAUAUGGAGUUUCCAUUUUCCUAUACAAUGAAAACAAAGUAGUUAUAAGAGUCAUAGUAGCGGAGGGUAUUUUUGCCGUUUCAUUUCAUUAAUGAAAUAAUAUCAACAAUAAAGGUGAUAGGGUUAAAACAGUGAUAUGAUAUUUAAACGAACUUUCGGUAUUUCCUGGGGAUAUUCUUUCAGGCUGAACCGCAUGUAAAAUGAUAAAACUAUACCAGACAGAAAAAUUAUUUAAAUAUAUUCUAUUAUCUUCUUUUAUCAUAAAGUUGUUAGUACUACCUCGGUCUGAUAUCUAUACAAAGAAGAAAUGCGUGAUAUAUACGAGGUGUGGCAAUUAAAUAAUCGAACUGAUACAUCAAUUACAUUAUAAUGUACUGUCCUUGCCGGUCUCUACGACGCUCCGAAUUUUCCAUUAUUUUCUCCGAAAGCAGUGCUGGAAGUCCGCUCUGUCAGCCUCCACACUAUCAAAUAUCAUCAUCAUUCUCCUUGCCUUAUCCCUAUGCGGGGUCGGCUUCCCUAAUUACAUUUUUCACAUAAUUCUAUCUUGGGUCAUAUCAAUAUUAAUCCCCUUUACCAACAUGUCCUGCCUAAUCGUCUCCCCCCAUGUCUUCUUUGGUCUUCCUCUCCUACUCUUAGGAAUCUGCACUUCAGCAAUUCUUCGUAUUGGGUGAUUAACGUCUCGACGUUGAACAUGACCAAACCAUCUCAACCUAUGCUCUCUCAUUUUGGCAGGGGUCCAGGUCGGGCGAAUAUGGUGAGUGAUUCAAUCAUUCUUGAUUCCUCUUGCUCUGGAGUGAGAACUUCGUAUUAUUAGUGGUUCUUCCAAAUUUUUUACGGGCACUUCCUAAUUCCUGAAGAGCUCGAUUUUUGCUGAUAAUCCAAAAAUCACAGGGAUCCAAAUCGGGCGAAUACGAUGUGUAAUCCAAUCAUGCUCGAAUCCUUUUGCUCUGAAGCGGGGACUUCGCAUCUUGGUUAUUCCUAAUUCCUGAAGAUCUCGAUUUUUGUGGAUCAGUUUACAAUUUUUUAAAUGUUGUAUGUUCUUGAUGUUGAGAGUGGCCAAGUAAUCGUCUUCGAUCGUUUCAAGGGGCCCCGCAAUGGUAUUUUCCAACGAGACUACUCAAGGAUUUAUGAGCAAGAUUGAGCGACAUUUAUCUAUACCCAUCGAACUCAGGUUCGGAAAAGCAUAAGCAGGCACAGACAUGUUCAAGUCUACUGAGGCGUGCUCGCUGUUUGCCAGUAGCAGUUUGAAUUAUAUAAUGUCCUUGAUGAUGUAGAGUUUGAAUCACAAUGAGUGGUAACUACAGUUGUUAAUAAAGCUGUAAACCACAAUGUAAGACAACAUAAAAACGAAGGGUGUAUCAAAAAGUUUUUGGAAUUUGAGUCUCAGAAAGAAUGUAGGAAUCUUCUAAUACAAAGGGAAUGGUUUCGUGUAAAAAUACAAUUAUACACUUGUCUAUAUUUCUGUCGUUUAUGACGGAAGCGAAUUCUAUAGCACAAUGUACUUGAAAUAUUAGUUGUUUAAAAAAUCUCAUUUUAGUGAUUGCUUGAUCAUUUAGGACUAACGGAGGAAUUAGAAGAAUGAAAAAUGUAUUCAACUUUGGCAUUUUUUAUUACACGCAAUGUCUAUCGUACAAUGGGUAUCCAAAAUAAGUAUUCGAAUAAUAAAAAGAAAUCUUAUUCCCUUUCUGUGUAAAAUAUUUGAUAAUUGCAACACAUCCACUAAUUCGUACAUGAUAUGUGUAACUGACUACAUACUUAGGAAUAAUAUUCAACAACAAAGAAACCCAGAUAAAUUUUUGUCAAAAGCUCCUGACCAUUAAGGUAGAAGACGUGAAGAAGAAAAAGAAAUGUCGAAUUUUAUAGCGUGUAAGAAGAAACAGUACUGAUUUAUCUGUCAAUAUUUUAUUAUUUCGUGUAAAUUGUAAGAUCUGAAACUUUCUGUUACUAGUUAAUGAAAUGUUUUACUGAACGAUAUUCGGUAAUACAGGGUGUUGUAGAAAUAUCAAACGUAUUAGGAAAAUUAGUAUAGUGAGAAAACAAUGUGAUCAAAGAGUAUACAUGAACAUUUAAAUUUUUUUAUAUUGUGAACGAGGUUCUAAAAAAUAUGAAAAUUAUAAGAAGCCUAUGAACACUCUGUAUUAAUAUUAAAAUAGAAAUAUAUUUCAUUUUUCUGGACACGGCUCUUAACGUUUUAUGGUUGCCAAAUUUUUGUAUUCUACUUAUUUUUUUCAGACAAUAAAAAAAGACAAAAUAUCAUUGGGUAUUUCAAAUACAAUCAAAUAUAGAUCUUGGGUAUAUUUUAAGGUAGUUGACAAUAUAAACAGAAUAAAAAUCGGAUAACUUUAUCAAAAUUAUACAUUUCAGAGAUUUACCCGUGAACUUUUAAGAGGAUAUCAAUAAAGCAUGUAGUGUUCCCAAUCUUCGAGAUAGUGCAGGAAGUAACAAUAGAACUUAUGCGUUUUCAUCCAGUAAUCAGCAGUGUUGUUUUUGAACUCAAUUGGUGAGAUGAACGAAAUAGAGAAAUCAGCAUCGAGCUGCAAUCAGUACAUAAACCAAGACUUCCAAAGAAAUGGGUUCAUAAGCAAUAAGUACAUGUAUAAAGCAUGUCUUUCAACAUCGAGGCUGAUUAUUUUUAAGUGCUGUUUAAACUUUCUCUCAUGAAGAUAAUCCUACUGAUAUAUUGUGAAGUCUUCAAAGGAAACAUGCUGUAAUAUAAGAUACUAUCAUGGAUUAGAGAUCUCAGCUCAGUAGAAAAUAUUGUGGAUGGACGUAGCUCAGCGGCAAAAUAUUGGCCUUCUACUAGUUCUUCCGUACGAGUUCGAAUCUCGACACCAAGACGACAUUUUCAUUUCUAAAACUGAUACCGUGCUUCGGAGGGCACGUAAAGCCGUUGUUCCCUCGACACUAGCUACUAAAGAUGCAAUUGGCGUCGGAACAAUCCCAAAGGAUCUCCCCGGCAAAAAUGCCAUACGAUAUUAUUAUACUGGGAAAUAAACCAAAGAACAACGGAUUUGUUUUAUUCAUAUCGUCAGAGAGCUCUAAAGUGUAAGAAAAUUCUCUUUAGAAUUUAAACAGCAAUUUAUUAAUGUUGUGCCUAAUUAGAUAUUUUUAAUAAUUUGAUUAGUUGUGAAUACUUAUUUUUUUACACAAGAUCCAUAUUUGAUUGUAAAUGAAUCAUAUAAGUGUUCGUUUACAUCAUUUGUGCAAUUUUGAUCGUUAAUUGGCAGCUAAUGACACAAAAGACGCUAAUUUAAUCGACAGUUUUAACUUUGUCAGAUAUACAAAUCAUCUAAUCUGAAAAAUUGCAAAAAUGAAAUGACACGCCUUUUAACUCAUCAUUAAGUAUAAACACUACUUGGUCUAUGAAAUGGGCCCUACCUUUAAAAUUUUUGAAUUUGAGAUUGUGCUUGUGAUUAAAAAACUUCCGGAAAAUUUUUGGUAGUUUCGGCCCAUUUUAUUCCUACAGUUUUUCUACUGUUGUCAUAUUAUAUACUUGUGAAUUAUCAAAAUAGUUUCUAUUCGUGCAAUUCGUACUGUGUAGAAGGCUUUUGUGCUAUCCUACAUAUGAUUCUUAAAACACUACUUUUACUUGUAUAUACUUUGAAAUUGAAGCUGAGUUUUAUAGAACAUGGAUGUUUUGUUAAUAUUUCAAUUAGUGACCUAAUUGGACUCAUUAAGAAGUUUAUAGAAUCAAACAUUACUCUAAAGAAGAGUUUGGGGCACAAGCAAAUGAUUUUGGAGGUUUUGAAGUUUCGAAUUUUGUUACAAUAAACCUAAAGUAAAUGAAUAAACAAUUUCUUACACAUCCAGAAAUAUGUAUUUCAAUGAUACGAUAAAAGCUUUGUUUUUUGAAUCACUAUAACCUAUAUCUUUCGUUUUCUUCUUUUUUUUUUGAUGUGAUAGGUAUAUUUAUUUUACUUUUGUCAUGAUGCGUAUUGAAUAAUUAAAUAAUUACUCCCAAACGGCUUGUGUAAAGUAUCAUUUUUUACUAAAUUUAAGAGAAUAUGGACUAUUCUUCUAGUAAGUACUGUUUUAGUUGAUAUUGUAAUAAUAAAAUUUAGUAUGUAGA